AGUCUGCACUCAGCUCUCAUCCGCUCGCCAUCCACACAGCAGAACGCAGGCUGGCACCACCAGCAGAGGAUCGACCCUUUGUGCUUCACCCAAACUGACGCGCAUCCUUCUGAGAGACCUCACCAUCCAACGGCCAGGGGAGAACGCUGAGUGAAGCACAAUGGGACCAUUCCAAGAAUAUGAGGAAAACAAAUCACCACAGAAAGGGAGCCCCCGCAGCCGCAUCCCACGUCUGGUCCUCCAUCCUUUCCGACCAAAAGACAAGGGAUCACCUCUGUCUGAUUCCCCUUUUUCAGAGGAGGAGGGCAAGGAGUGUGACAUCAGCUCUGAGCACUCCAAGAGGACCAUCAGCACCAACAGUUUUUGUUCUGAUGACACCGGCUGCCCCACUAGUCAGUCUGUGUCCCCCUCCAAAACCCCGUCAGGCUCAGAGCAGAGUGCCCACGGAUCGCCAAUACUUCCAGAACGCAAGACCAAAGUGAAGAGGGUGAGGAUGAUGGCCGAGUGGAGUGGUGAAGCACGCACGCUGAGGCACAAGAGAGAGCAGAGGUCGGCCAUGAAAGCCAGAGGUAGCGAGGCAGACUUCAGCUCUUCCAGCAGCACAGGCAGCCUGAAGACCAGGGAGGGCCUUCAUUCCAGUUCAGCUGGAAAGAAAGCUCCUUCCCGCAGUCACAGCACUCACAUCAGGCCACUUCCGGUGUUCAAACCAGCCGGGAGUCCAGCAGCCAACAGAGAUGCAGAACUCUAUGCUCCCUAUAGGACUCCUCCCAGAGCUGCCUCUUCAACCAACAGCAGCAGCUGCACCUCCAGCCCUACUGCCAGAAGGUCGGGUCUGGGCCGCUACCACUCAUGUGGCGACAACCAUGGAAUCAGACCCCCAAACCCUGAGCAGUACCUCACCCCUCUGCAACAGAAGGAAGUGGCUAUCAGACACCUGAAGACCAAACUGCUGGAGUCUGAGAAUAGAGUUCGUGACAGAGAGACGGAGAUUGAGGAGCUUAAGGCCCAGCUUAGCAGAAUGAGGGAGGACUGGAUUGAAGAGGAAUGUCACCGGGUGGAGGCUCAGCUGUCCCUCAAAGAAGCGCGCAAAGAGAUAAAACAGCUGCGUCAGGUGGUGGAAACCAUGAAGAGCAGCCUGAUGGAGAAGGAUAAAGGAAUACAGAAAUACUUCAUUGACAUCAACAUCCAAAACAGGAAGUUGGAGUCGCUCCUGCAAAGCAUGGAGCUUGCCCAGAGUGGUGCCAACCUUCAAGAUGAAAACAGCCUGGACUUUAUGUACGACAGCCCUGAUGGCAGCAGGAAGAAGAUGGUGGGGGACGAGGAGGGUGCAAUGGAGUUGGGAGACCAAGGAGCAGAGGCAAUGGCAGACAGCGGGCUGCUGGCAAAUGAUGAGAUGGCAAACAGAGCGGACAUUUUGGAGAAAGUCUUCAUGUCCACUGCAGUGGAUUUCAGUCAGGACUCUAGUAGCAAGCUGAGGGCCAGUGCAGAGUCUGGGCCCGGGGUGUCUGCACUGUCAGAAGAGAGACUGUCAAAUGAUCAAUCUGCUACACCCCAGCUCCCUCUACCAGAUGCAGCUGUCGCCUCCAGCACACCUCCGCAGCAGAACGCAGACGACAAAGAAGUCCAAACCGACAUAACACCCAUGUCUGCAGACCUGCAGGCUCUGCUCUCUCAGCUUCUUAAGUUCCAUGGAGUCGCAGCAGGAGAUGCAGCUUUAUCAGCCCCAGGUAAUCUUCUAGUGAUCCCAAACCUACCUGCCUCCACUUGCACCGCCACCAAACAGCCUGACCCGGCACCUUCCCGAACCAGCACGCUUCCAGAGAGCCCCGACACCUCUGCUGAUUCUGGCACAUGUUGCUCGGAGCCUUCAGAGAGCAGACGAUUCAUGGAGGAGCUGGACUUCACUGUUGGUGAGGAGGAGCCUCAUCUGUCACCAGGACUGGAUGUGGUUGGCAAGCGUUACUGGAGCAACAGCUUCCUGGUGGAUCUGUUUGCGGUAGCAGCACCAGUGUUGCCCACAGUGGCUUGGCUGUACUCGCGGCACGGUGUAGAUGGAAGCGCUCCGGUGUACAACAUUGCUGCCCUGAUCAGAGGCUGCUGCAUCAUGGGAUUGCACUCGCUUCGUCACAUCACUCACAGGCCUGAUGCGUAAUGGCUUUCAACCCGCAUGCACACCCUUGACCUUGAACUUAAAGCACUUAAGCAUCUUUUCUCAAGCAUAUUUGUGACAUCUUUGAACACUUGAUAUCAAUGCAUUUAUUUUGGUUCGAACACUGUUAUUUUGCACUGUACAGUUACCAUGAGGCAAAGCUUAGUGGUGACAUGGAAGGGAUUAUUUAUAACUAAGUUUAUUUAUUUAUUUAUUUAUUUAUCAUUUACGUGUAUAAGCAGAUCAUCUGGGUAGAUGGUUGUGUUAUCAUAGUCCUGUGGUGUCCCUAGCUGUUGUUUAUAACAAAAGUUCUUUAAGAUGAGAUUUGCAGGAGGUGAAAAACUGACUGCUAUUUUUUUCUGUUUGUUUGGGUGAUGGGGUUCUGAAAUCUGUUUCCUUUUAUUGUUCAUAAAGAAACCUUAAACCUUCAGCCAAAGCUUUAAUGUAAGUUCACUGUUUUGUGACUUUUUUUCUCCCCGCACUCUGGGUGUAGAGCUUUACUUGGUACUGCCUGUGUAUUGUUCAUAGAAGUUAAUGCUUCAAAGCAACUGACACUUGUUAUGUGCCUGAGCAAUGUGCAAUACUAGUAGUUUACAUCAAAUGUCCUUGUAUCUUUAUUAUUAAAGCAUGAUAACGCUGGC